AGUGAAGAGUGCACAGUCACGCCCUCUAUUAGCAGUUUUAUUUGAACUUCACACAUUCAAAUCUGAAUAUGGACAAACACUCAGACACGAGCAAUGAAACCUGAACAAUGACAGCAUUCUUUCUUUUACAAACCUGCAUGUAUACAUGCACACACACACACACUCACAAUAGCAGGAAACGAGGGACAACAGAAGGAGAGAAAGUCACUGACUAACCACUAACAAUGUUACACUAACCACAGACGUACCUCCAGAGAGAGCAUGACUGGAGAGGAGGAGAAUUAUUGCAACAUUUAGGUUUUAUGGUCUAUGUAGAAGGAGUGACUGUGGUUUUUUUUCGCUUGUUCUGUCCGGUUUGACUAGUUCUGAGCUUAAUCACCCUAUCAAUGCAGGAGGGUAACAAGAAGGAGGGGAGAUAUACAGGGGAAAAGGAAGGUGUACAGAAAGACAGCAAACAGGUCAGCAGUGAAAGAGAGUGAGGAAAGUCUGUGGGAACGGAGUCUAAACCAUCUCUCUCUCUCUCUCUCUCUCUCUCUCUGCCUUCUCCUCCCAUAAGGAUAAAGCAACAAGAGGACACACAAAGGAUAAAUCAGAAUCAGUGACUUGUUACUUUCUGGAUUCCUUGGGAUUGACAGCCUGUGGAAAUUAUGUCCAGUUUCAUGUAUUACCUGCUCCCAGCAGUAGGGGGGUACACCAUAACAUCCCUCUACUUGCUGAAGAAUCCAUACAUCCUGCACAAGAAGAAGCAGACAGCCUUCCACUGCAUGCACAUCUCACACAGAGGAGGUUCUGGAGAGAGAAUUGAAAGCACCAUGGAGGCUUUCACACAUGCAGCGGAGGUGGGCACAGAGAUGCUCGAGCUGGACUGUCACCUUACUCGUGAUGGUCACGUGAUUGUAUCACAUGAUGAGAACCUCCUGCGGCAGACGGGGCUAGACGCCAACAUCUCCGAUCUAAACUUAGAGGAGCUACCACUGUAUCAGGAACAACUUGAGGUUACAUUUUACACAGGUCACUACAGCACUGGCUCAGACAGAAAGUUUGCCCUGUUAGAAGAUGUCUUCCGCAAGUUUCCUAGGAUGCCGGUGAACAUCGAGGUGAAAGAGAACAACAAAGAGCUGAUUGAAAAAGUAUCUGCUCUUGUGAAGAAGUAUGACCGAGAGGACAUCACAGUUUGGGCAUCUGUGGAGUCACCUAUCAUGAAGGAAUGUCGUAAAGUGAAUUCCACUAUGCCUUACAUGUUCACGUAUAUGCGUGGCCUACAGCUGCUCCUGCUUUACUACACAGGCCUUCUGCCCUUCGUUCCAUUGGGAGAAAGCUUCCUGCAGUACUACCUGCCCCAAGUCAUCAACACGACGUACAUACCAGAGCCUGGCAUUCUGAGGAACAGAUUGGUGAUCUCAUUCAUUCAAAAGCUGACUUUGAGGAAAGGCUUGUUUCAGCAUCUUAAAGACCGAGGAAUUCAGAUCCAUCUGUUCGUUUGUAAUAAAGAACGGGACAUCGAGGCUGCUUUUGCAGCAGGAGCAACCGGAGUCAUGACUGAUUAUCCCACUCUCUUAGCAGACUACAUUAGGAGGCACAGACAGGCCACAUGAAUGACAAGUUGAAUGUUACACUGUAUAAUAAUAAUAAUAAUAAUAAUAAUAAUAAUAAUAAUAAUAGCCACACAGCAGUGAGGAUUCUAUUAACUUAUUGUAAACAUUUGUUUUACAAAAAAUGAUAAUGAAUAAUAUAUAAUGUUAGAACUACAAUAUUGAUUUGAAUGGCCUGGUUAAUAUUAUACAUGAGCUGACUUCCCUGUUUCUGGAUUGUACACAGUUUAUAAAUUGUUUUGGUUUUGCUCCAGAUUGCAGAUUUCAUCACGUUUGUGAGAACAUCGAGUUCUGGUGAAUAUUAGUGUCCAGUGAAAUAAAACAACUCAUAAGCCUGCUUGUUCAUAAGAAUAGUCUGACUUUCCAGGAUUUCACAAUUCUCUCAGGAAUACAUAGUUCAAGUCAGUGUCACAUUUCAUCACAGAGACAAUAAUAAACUCAUAAAAAGGCACACUGUUGUGCAGAGAGGCACGCAAUUGCGUCAUACUUUUACAAGACUAAAACACUGGCUUGAACAACCACAAAAAGGUUUUAAAUUGUAAUUUCUUUUAAUCAGGGGCAUUGAACCUAAUCGCAUUAAAUUACAUCUGAUGCAUUUAUGUAAUAACUAUCAUCACUGUAAAAUAAAUAGAUUUAUACCACAA